AUGAGGAAGGUGAAGAGGAAGGUGUCCUUCGUGAAGAUGUAUGUCCUGGUGCAUGGAAGUUUCCAUGAAGGUAACACCACACACAGCUUCCGUGUUUAUUGCUUAUUGUUUCUGAAGCUCAGCUUGCUGCACUACAGCCUUGGGGAGCAUCACGAGUCACUCAACCACAUCAGAGAGUGUCUAAAGCUUGACCACGAUGAUAAAGAAUGUUUCAGCCACUAUAAGCUGGUGAAGAAGCUCAGCAAGCAGCUAGACUCAGCAGAGGAGCUGAUUCAGGAGGAGAGGUAUCAAGAUGCCAUUGAUAAAUAUGAAUCGGUGACGAAGAGACAUCGUAAUGUCCUGUAUUAUACCAACCUGGCAAAAGAGAGGAUCUGCUUCUGUCUUGUCAAGCUCAAGUUGGCUACCGAAGCAAUAGAUGUGUGUUCAGAAGCCCACCAAAGAGAUCCUCGCAAUGCCAACAUUCUCAAAGACCGAGCAGAGGCCUAUAUUCUUAACCAGGACUAUGAGAAAGCUGUGGAGGACUACCAAGAGGCCAGAGAGUUUGAUGGUGACAGCAACGACAUCCGAGAGGGGCUGGAACGAGCACAGAAGCUGCUCAAAAUCUCUCGUAAGAGGGACUACUACAAGAUCCUCGGAGUCAGCAGGAGUGCUAACAAGCAAGAAAUCAUCAAGGCAUACAGGAAGCUGGCACAGCAGUGGCAUCCUGACAACUUCCAGUCUGAGGCUGAGAAAAAGGAGGCAGAGAAGAAGUUUAUUGACAUCGCUUCCGCUAAAGAAGUCCUCACUGACCCAGAAAUGAGACAGAAGUUUGAUGCAGGUGAGGAUCCUCUAGACCCGGAGAACCAGCAAGGAGGAGGUGGAGGACAGAGGGGCUGGCCAUUUCACUUCAACCCUUUUGAGUCUGGCAGCAGCUUCCACUUCAAGUUCGAGUACAACUAGAGAGCAGGACUCAAUCAACACAUGAGAUUUUGCCACUUUUGGACUUAUUUGGGGAAGAAUUAAGCUGGAUUUCUGGAGAAGUCUUCCUCAGAACUUGUACAUCAGCCUGGACGCCGUUUUAUCGAUUCCUUGAACUUGAUUUUUUUUAACUGUACUUCUCACCACAAUAACUGAGAACCUAACUGUGGUUCCUGUUGAAUCAAGCUGUGGCUGUGGUUGAGGAAAGAAGGAAGUUUUGUCAACACACGUGCUGCUGAAGGAAAUGCAAAGGCAGUGAUUGAAAGCAGCAGAUGUGUCCGCUCUUAUUACUCAUUUCAUUCUUUGUGCCAUUCUCCCAACCUUUACUUUUGGAUGCAGUAACUCAUCUGGGACGACCCACAGGAAGAACAUCGGUGUGCUUUCUCAUCUUGUUGUGGCUCGCAGUAUUUGUUGAAGGGACCUCAUGUUACCUACGUUCAGUUGAUAUUCUUUACCACAUUUAGGUGUUUUUACUGUAGAGAAUUCAGACUUUUAUUUGACAUCAAAUGGCCCAUUUUGUUGAGCUGUUUUAUUUAUGGUGAGACUUAAGCACUUUUACAUGAAACUUGUGGGUGUAAAAAUAUAGAAAUCCUAUGGAUCUUAAAUCAGUAUAGGUGCUUCCUGAUUGUUGUUGAUUUUGCUUUAAACUAAAAUUGGCUUUUAGUUUUCUCACAGGUGUCGUGUGUAUUUGGGUGGAAACGUAUCCAACUACAUUUUAUGAUUCGGUUAUAAUGUACAAAAAGAAAAUAGGCCGAAAACAGUUUCUUGGAUAAAAGCAUAGCAAGUGAUGAUUAAAUCAAACAUCAUGCUUGUAUUUCUUUGCCUUUUUGCUCAUUUCUGUGAACAUCUUGAAGACUUGCACUUCUGGUCUUCUGUUUAAAAAAAACUCCGCUUCUCCCCUCCUGAAAUGUUACUGCAGAGUCUUUGCGAAUACUGUCAUCAGCAGUUAUAUGAGAACCUCAUUUAUAAAUAGAAAAAGUGCACAUGUCCAACAUUGAGCUGAGCUGGAGAUUAAAUUUCUGUGGUACACUGAAUGCACUUCCUAAGCAGGAUGUUUGGAUAAUAUUUAUCUAAGGAGGGACUGCUGCAUAAAGCUAAACCUAAACUGUUACAGGUGCAGUUUGUAAAUGAGGCUCAAAUGAUGCAGCUGUGAAGACACAUGGCACAAGAAGCUUUUUUUUCAUUUUUUGUU